AUGAUUACCGUUACUCAAUCAGUGGCGGCUGAUAUGGACGACCGUAAGGAGUUGUGUGUCGUGGUCGUGCUGUUAUUGUUCGAUCGGUCGCUCCCCGUGCCCAUACAAAGUAUGAUGAAGGUAGCGAACUGCGAUGCCUCGCGGUCCACCGAACCUGAGGGCAACGUCGGCCAGAGCGCUGCCUUCCCAUGGCUGGGACUGCUAAGGGUACACAUACACGACUUCGACCAACUGAAGAUAGCGGUGACGGGACUGAUACUGGUAAAGGACAGGUACGCCGUCGCCAACGCAGACGACGUCUCAAGGAUACCCAAGCACGUGUUCACGCAGGACAGCAAAGCCAUGUUCAUACCCAAAACAGGAGAUCCGUGGUUCACCAACCUCAAGGACUACAUGAUCCACCCCGAGUUUGAGUUCGCCACGUACAACACCAUAGCCCUGGUGGAGCUUGACUUAGAUCCGGGCACUGUGGUGCCAUUCAAACCAGUAUGCUGGCCAGGCAAUUUCUUCAAUACGUCGAACCUACUGUACGCAGUAGGGUACACAGACGAAAACGAGCUCAUAGAGAAAAUAGUUUACACCGUCCAAUACAUAAAGCCCUCUUUGUGCAACGAAUUCUAUAAUCGAGUUGGAUUUUCGGAGCCGAAGUCAACGCCACCGUACGUCCAAUGCGGAUUCGCGGCCAACAACAAGAAGGACUGCGUCUGGGAGAACGGCAUGGCGCUCGUCUCCAACUCCACGGGCUCGUGGACCCUGAUCGGCUUCGGCAUCCGCGGACCAGGCUGCGCAGCGCCGGCGCGCUUCAUCGACAUGUCGGCGUACCUACCGUGGGUGGAGUCGGCCACCGACCUCGAGCUCAUCGCCGACUACCCCGACUUCCGACGCAGGUCCGCCUUCAGGACUGGCUUCGGGAACAAUGAAACUGAAGGUGGGUUGUUUGGUUCAACGGUUAAGCGGUUCCGAUCAUAUUUGAUCAUCCUAGAUCGGCUUCUCGUCGUCUAA